UGGAGUGCGCUGAGUUCAGAGCGAAAAACAGCACCGAAAAGUCGCCGGGUCUGAACGGCUCAGCGUCGGACUGGUUGUUUAUCAUCCAGGCUCGACAACUUUUCCAUUUUAACUUCGUCAGAGGAAUUAUUUCAUUACUGACAGUGUUUUUUUGCACCUCGAAAAUUGAGCGAUGCGGUUGCCGGUGUUUUUACCUGCUCUGGUAAGGAUAGCUUACAGCUGAUGCACGACAGACUGAACCCAGACUGACUUCCCUUUAAAAUCAUACAGAUGAGCAGAACAUUUAAUGCUGCAGCAGUUUGGACUCAUUCUGACGGCACCCAUUCACUGCAGAGGAUCCGUUGGUAAGCAGAUGAUGAACUGCUACAUUUCUCCAAAUCUACAUAUUGGAUGACAUGAGGGGCAUUGAGUUUGUGAAGCGUUGCGCAGCAGCACAGUGGCUCCCCUCUCAGGCCGGUCUCGGUACCGCAGCAUCACCCAGCCACAAAUCUGCUUCAUGGCCACAAGUCCAGACCUCUGCGGUACAUAUGACUGUUACCAGAAGGUGAGAAGAUAAACUUACGAUCAGGAGGCAGUGAGGUGAUGCAAAAGACGUAUGACAUGGAGGUCAAAGGUCACCUGAUAACAGGCCCCGAGCUGCAGGCCGCUCUGGACAGUAAGCAGCGCGCGGAGCGGAUGGUGGAGCUGCAGGAGCGGCGCAGGAGUCUUCAGUCGCUGCUCAACACUCGGAUAGCAGAACUCAGACGCGUGUGUCUGCAGGAGGCGGUCAGUGUCCGGAAGACAAAUCAGAAUAUAGCCAAGUUAACUAUAGAAUUGACGGGCGAAGUUCCUCAUGAAUAUCCUCUGGAAACCGGAGAGAAGCUCCCUCAUGUGCGGCGCAGGGCUGGACUGUCCCGCGGCGGCUCCAAACAUAACACCAAAAAUGAGGAAGAGGACGUCUCUCAGCGCAAGACAAAGAAAACCCUGUUCAGCGGCGCCCUCCGCAGGCACGCCGACUCAGAACAGCAUCCUCCGCACAGCAAACGAACGGUUCAUAGAGGAUGCCACACAGAUAACACGGUGAAGUCAGAGAGCAGCUCCACGUCUGAUUCCACCAAUCAGGACACUGAAGAUGCCUCUGACGGCCUGUCGACCUCGCAGCCCCGGCUGGUCUCGGGGAGCCCAGACAACAGGUUUUCACGAAAACUCUCCCCUGUGGAGAUCUAUUACGAGAUGAAAACACGCCGCAACUCUGUGGCCAGCUCAGCCAGCCCGAGUCACUCUCUUCCAAGAAGUGUGUCGAAUCUGGAAGGUAGAAGUGUCCCGGCAACUCCGCUCCUGUCCCGCAAUGGAAUAGCAGGAGUGCACAUCAGGUCAGAAUCCUCCAGCGGCACUGCUGCUGUGAAGCAGUGGUCAGACAAUCCCGAGGCGUCCCAUCAGGUGCCUCUGCAGUCUCAGGAGGGGUCGUCCUCAGGGUCCUACGAGCAAGGACACAGACGCAGCAAUAGCUCAGAGACGUUGCUCGAUCGGCACGGCACCUCAGCGGAGGACGGAGGUCAAAGGUCGGGCAUGCCUGUACGGAACGGCCCGUACAAGAGCUCGGAAGCCAUCAUGGACACGACGUUAAAACAGGCGCAGCGGAGCAGCCCCGAGCGGCAGGCGAACGGGCACGCCGAGCUGUCCCGCGUUCGCUCGGCCGCGGGAGGUCGAGGAACGAACGGAGGUGUCGGUUACAGUGAGAUCCUCAUGGAUUACGUGUGGGGGAAGCAGCAGAAGAUUCAAGCUCAGCAACAACAAAGACUGCAGGUGCAGAGUAACGCGAAAGCCCGGCCGUGGCCCGACGGUCCCAGCGCUCCUCCGCCUCCCUACAGGAACGGCUUCCCCCAAUCGCAGCAGCUUAUUUUGAGCAACGGCCCUCCGGCCUACAGCCCUCUAAUGCUGAGAGGGAAACCCGGCGAGCCACGGCGGGUCAAAGUGUCCCGCACCAAAUCCUGCGGCCCGUUCGUUCCCUUGCAGCAGCACCAGCAAGAGUCCAUCCUGCUCUCUGCCUACAACGAAAGCAACACCUCCAACGGUACUGCUGUUAAUGUGACGCAGAUGGACCACCUCCACAGACCGCCCCAUUACCCUCUCGACUCCUCCGCGCCCACGACCCCCGACGACCCCACGCGCAGCCUGCACAAGGCCCUGGCGCUGGAGGGCUUGAGAGACUGGUAUCUGAGGAACGCUCUGGGACAGACGGCUAACGGAGGGAAGGGUAAAGAGGGGACUCAGACUCAGCGCAGGCGUACCACAUCCUCUCUGCACAACUCCCAGCCCCAUCCGCCGCUCAAGCACCAGCCGCAGUCCUUCCAGACGGACACGUCCUAUCCACAGAUCCCCCAGUCGGCCACCUUUCAUGGACACCCGCUACACGGAAGGUCGAUGGAGCUUUCUUUGUUCCAAGAUACCUUUUCAUCUAAGAUGCAGGACAUGACCCUUAAAGAGAGCAGUAACGACAGACCCACGCCAGGCACGCUGGUCUGACACGCAAACACACGAUCUCACACAGACUACAGCAAACACCAGCUUACGCGUGUAGAAAAUGGCAGACCGAGAGAAUGCCAAAAUGGACUACUAAAAAAAAACCAAAACGUUUUGCUUCCUUUCGGCAGUUAGAAUUGAAGAAUUCCGACAGAAACCAGUCUAUCGCCCUUGUUAUACUAACAUAUGCUAAGUACACUUGUACUCAAGACCCUUUUCAGCAUGAAAUCAAGCUGUCUUCUAGUUUCACGUCAUCUCCGACCUGCAGACCUCUUACGAUAGUUUCCCUUUUAAUCAGCAAAGUUAGUAGCAAUCUCUGGCAAAAGAGACGACAUGCCAGCACAUUCCUAUUAGCAAACGAUGUGAGAUUCUACUUUCUGUCAAACUAUUUCCAGCCUCGAUGUGGAUUUGUCACGAAAUGCGUACAAAGAGCUCAUUCGCGAGAAUCUGCGAAAGCUUCCACGAGUAGUUUCCGGACGUGUUAGGCCCUUUGGAAAAGAAUCAGGAUCUCCUCGAUGUUUUUAUGGAAAUGUUUCUAUGCAAAUUAACAAUCAAGAAGACUGUGUUUAGACGAAACGAAUCAUUUGAGUUUUGGUUUUGUCAUUCCGAGUAGCAAUUUUAAAAUAUUUAGGAGAAAAGAACCAAGCCAAAUCGUAUACUUUGAUGGACUGUUAUAGAGUCAGGGACUCAUGAAAUGUGUGAUACCAUUAGUAUCUUUAUUACUGAAUCACAACGUGGAGGAGUAUAAACGUGCUCAUUCAGGAGGAUGACAAAAGAAUGGCACAAAGGUCGCCGUGCGGCUCAAACAACAUCUGUAUCACUCGUAUUUAUGACGCUUUCUUCCUCAGGCUGUAAUUAUACACCAGUAUUAUUUACACGGUCGCAAAGAAAAUAAAUUUACAGGUAGAAUAAAGAACAAAUGACAUUUGAUAUAUUAUUUUAAAAUGAGUCUCAUGAAACCUGUCAAGAACAUGCUUUACUCCAAACUCCAAAAAAAAAAAAAACGUUUUAAAAUUAAUUGUUUUGUCCUGCAGAUUUGCAUAAUUUUAAAAUAAAGUAAAUCAGAGCCUGAGAAAAUAUCUGCAUUAUUAUCUGCGCAAUUUCUGUGACUGGGAAAAAAAAAAGCACUUCUCGUUGCUCCAAGAGAGGAAAAUAAUCACAUUAAUGGAUUUAAGGAUCAUCAUUAGUAUUUGUUUUGAUUUGUGCCGAUUUAAAAAAAAAAAAAGACUAAACAAAAACGAGUCCUUUUUGGACGGGAUUUUAAUUACUGUGAUUAAUGUGCGUGAUCACUAAGAGUAAUGAGAAAUAUAAAAAUGCUCAAAAGCAAAACAAACGGGUGCAUUAUGAUAAUGAGAAUUGUGCUUGGUUUUCAUAAAAAUCGUCUCAAAAUAAUAAUAAUAAUAACAUAAAUGGGCGGAAAAGAUUGUUUAAUACUAAUACUUUUGUUAUUGUCUUAUACUUUCGGUAUUGUUUGGUCAAGAAAAAUAGGCCUGUUUUGUUUAUUUUUUUAAAUCCUAUAAAAAUAAAACAGUAUUUUUCUUUCGAUUUUUGGGUUAAAACGUGAGUCGUGUUACAUGUUUGGCCGAGACUCCUUGUAAUACCAUCAAGAAUUGAUAUUAUUUUCCACUAGGAGGAGCCCCACUCUCUUGUUUGGAAGGGGUUCUGGAUCCAAUCAGCAUCCGUCGGCUGCAGACGCACUCAAAGCGUUCCUGCCAGGUGCAGUGCUUGUCCCGAGAAUCACCAGGUUCUCGUGUAUAGCGCCUUAAUUGCAAUUGUUCAUUGUUUUUUCCAAUCGGAUUGACCGCAGAUGUCAAUAUUUACUGUACGUUUCGGUAAUUAGAUUGCACGAACUGAAAAGGAUUAAUUAACCGAAUCAGGACUUUGCCAAGACUAGUAAUUUCCCUACUUUACAAUUUAUCUGAAUUGCGAUACUCAGAACAUGGCGUCGCCUACUAAUGCCAGGAUGCCAAUCUUUGACCAUUGUGCCUAGCAAAUGUGGCGGGGAAGGCUUGUAGAAACAAUGACUUAUCGUUAUGUGCAUUUCUCACAGCCAGAUUAAAUAAAGAAUUAGGCUUCUGCUUAUGAACUACCGAUUUUAUUCUCACUUUACGACUAAAAAAAAAACAACAGGCUUUUGGAUUGCUGGCUAAUCCACUCUGAAUAGUAGCUGUAGUCUGCUAUGUUUUUUAGUGUUAGUGCUCCCUUCAGAAAAAAUACCUUGAUGUACCAGUGCAUGCGGGUAUCUGUUCUUCUUUACUCCUUCUCUAUUGUUCCCUGAUUUUUAUUUGGUUCACUGUGUUAUCGUUACGUAGGCAACUCGACGGAGGUCUCGAAAAGCUUCUACACGUCAGAUGCCUUCACCGUGAAUAUAUCUGUACAAUACAACUGAGAGUUGAACUUACUGAAGCAAUCUAAACUUUCUCAGAUACUUUGUCACCAAAUGCUGCCGUGCUUGUCUCAGGACUACACUGAAAGCUGCUUUGAUUGUGGACUGUCCAUUUGAAUCAACGCCACUGAUGCAUGGAAGUGUCUCUAAUAGAAAUAACUUCGUUUUUUUUCGAUUGAGAAAGUUGGAGAAUGUUUAUGAUGCUUGUAAAACCUCGCUGAGGACAUCUAUUUCAAAUGCUUUGAAAGAUCAUGUUGCACUCACGUGAAACAUGAUUACUUCUGUCGAUGAAGAAGAUCCAAUGGAUGAAGGCUAUGAAGGAUGACGGCCUUUUAUUUUUGAUUAAAGACUUAAUAGCUGUUGAUUCAAACUGAAGGCAAAUAAAACCAAUGAAGUUUGUCGUGUCUGUUUUGCUUUCACGGUACCAAAUGUUACAAUGUUUUGAAGAUGUUCCCUACAUGUUUUGGACACUAUUGAGGAUUUUAUUUCAAUUUGUUUCAAUUUUAAAAAUUCCUUAUCCGAAACCUCUUUAUUUGCAGUUUCUCUGCUCGUAUGUUUUAUCCGUUUUGGAAGAAACCUUUCAGACUGUAUAUAGGCUUAUUUGCUGUUUUCUCUUUGGUUUUCGACAUUUUAUAUCUAUAUAAAAAAUCUAAUGAAAAACCAAGACUGUACAAAGUUUGUUUUUAAUAAAGUGUUUUUGGUCAUA